AUGGACAUCUUGUUAUCUGUUCCAGCCUUGAGCGACACUCUGAGAGGCCUGCUGAAGAAGCGAUGCCUCAAGUGGGCUCUUCCCUCCAAGAAGUAUUACGAGCAAUUCACUAGGGUUGACGAGAAGGGGUUGCCACAUAGAAUUUACUCGAAUUGGCCCAUCGAUCACAGACGCGAAAGUAUACCACAGCCCUUUGUACAGGCGAUCAUUCGCGGCCAUUAUCAAGUCGUGCAGAAUGUGCUGGAUGCUGGCGUCCACCCCCACAGAAACUACGAUCUCUGUGGAAAUUCAUUCUGGCAUAUUGCUGUGCGAACCCGAAACCUCCAAAUGAUCCAGAUCUUUCUCUCCCACCCGGAGAUUGACGUCAAUCAGAAAACGUGGACGGGGGACCGGGCAUUAGACAUGCUGAGCCCGGAACAACGGCGGUAUCUGUCAGACGAUUAUCCAGCCCUUGGGAGGAUCAUACAUUCACGAGUCACCGAUAAUCCCUGGCCGGCCACUGUGUGGGGGGAUCAGAGGGUCAUUCGGCUUCUGCUCGAGAAGAGUGCAGUGUUUUCCUCGGCCGAUUGCUUCCUCUAUCUGGUCCGGCGCCCGGGCGGGCCGGACCUUCUCAGAUGGGCAAUCCGAAAUGGCCUGUACAAGGAUGGCAGCACUACGGACUGGUAUACGCUGUGCAAACAUAUCACACGCUGUAUUCAAAAGCUCUCGGUGAACAUUUUGGAUGUCAUAGUGCAAGAAAUCCCAGAGGUGCUGUCGAUGCCCGGGCUCGGAUUGAUCCAGGAUGCACUUGGACAAACCCCAUCCCCGUACUGUAAACACGCAUCCCCAAAAUUCGCUGCGUACAUGAUACGAAAGGGAUUCCGCCUUAAGCUGGGUUAUCAUUGGGACAGAAAAGAAUACCCCGAGUUGGCGUUUGUUCUUGGUAAACUGGAACCGAAUCCUAAAUUCUAUGUCUCGAAAGUCUUGCCCCGGAACGUCUGGAGGAAAUGGGCCUCGCUUGCUGAGCUGCUGCUAGAGCGGCCUGAGUUGCAGAAAGAUGGCUUUGAGGCAUGGAGGGACCCGGACUUGAUUCUAAGAAGCCCACUUCGGGUGGCUCUGGUUGCCAGAAACUGGAGCGAGAUCCGAGCUUUACUCAAGGCAGGCCCUGAUCCUUGA